AUGGAUCCAGGGAUGCCGCCGGAUUUGCUCGCAUUGAGCACUUGCUUGGAUGCGACUCACGGCGCUUCGGAAGUGGCGCAGCAGUUGCGCAUCCUCUCCGCACAGCGGGGCAGUGCCGGCAGGUUCCAUUCCGAAGUUGCCGAAUGCCUCAUGCGCAUGAAGGAAAUCGACGGCAUUGCCAAAGUGGAGCAGUGCCGACUCUCCGAGUCGGGACUCACAGAGAGGAGUCGCAUCGUGGAGGAGGCGCGCUCCCAGCGCUACAAGCACUUGGUCGAUGUUAUGCAGGUGUCUGUGAAAGAGGACGCGGAAACUGCGCGGCAGGAGAUCAGUGCGAGGGCGGAGGUGUCCAAAGAGACCGUGAAAGGAAACGUGCAAAUUCAGGAGAGCCAGGCAAGGGUAGAGAAGAGCAGCUCCAACUUUUGGCAAUGGGUGGCUUUGACACUUCUUGGCUCUAGCAUCCUGACUGGCAGGCGCCGUGGCUCCUUUAGAAGAGGCGCCGGAAGACUGCUUGGCUGGCUGCCCUGGCUGUUACUGGCCCUUCUAGGAUGGAGGCAGACGCGUGCGACACGGUUUCAUCUGUCACAGCUGAUGAUGCUGACAAGGGUGGUCCGGCCACAGAGGAUUCGCUCUCCGCCCCUUCGACGAUUUCUGGGCCUCGGCAGCUUCUUUGGCGGAGGUGCAGUCACGGACACAACGGAAAGCCCUGAGUUCACACCCGCCAGUCCUCUCGCGUCGGCCUCGAGCGAGCAAUCUGCUCCGUCGAUGCCUCGAAGGCCAUCGCGUCAAGAUGUUGACGCCGCAACAGCGUCGGAGAGAGACUCGCCCAUCAAGGGCUCCGCCUCUUCCGUGCCCGGGAGCGAGGAAGCAUCGCUUUCCGGUACUAUAUAUCUGCCGGUCGCUCAGGAAGGCGAGGCAGCUGCGGCCCUGAGGAGGUUUCUGAAGCCAGCUGGACUUGACGUCUACACGGAUCGGCUGCUAGCAGAGGGCUAUGACUUCGAGGCCCUGACUAUGCUGGAGGGCACCGAGCGGGAGGAGAUGUUGCGGAUCGUCCAAUGUCUGCCAGGACACAAGGUGAAGUUCCGGAAACUCCUCUGGCGAAGCCAAAGCUGA